AGAAAUCUUACAUAGCCAGCUCACAUAGCUCACACAGCUUUCAUAGUUCACAUAGCUUUCAUAGCUCACAUAGCUUUCAUAGCUUUCAUUUUUAAUAUAGCUUUCAUUGUUAACAUAGCUUUCAUCGUAAAACUAUAUCUCACAUAGUUUACAAUAGCUCACAUGACAUGCACUUACAUAACCCAUUUUUCACAGCUCCCAUAUCUUUUAUAGCUCCUGUAGCUUUCAUAGCUCACAUAACUUUCAUAGCUCAUGUAACUUUCAUAGCUCACAUAGCUUUCAACGUUAACCCAAAGCUUACACAGUUUACAAUAGCUCACAUAACAUGCACUUACAUAACCCAUUUUUCAUAGCUCACAUAUCUUUUAUAGCUCCCGUAGCUUUCAUAACUCACAUAGCUUUCAUUGUUUACAUAGCUUUCAUCGUUAAACCAUAGCCCAUAUAUCUUUCAUAGCUCCCGUAGCUUUCAUAACUCACAUAGCUUUCAUUGGUCAUGUAACUUUUAUGGCUCAUAUUGCUCACAUAGCUUUCAUAGUUAAACCAUAGCUCACAUAACUCACAUAAUUUACAAUAGCUCACAUAACGCUUACAUAUUACCCAUUUUUUAGAUGACAAUAGGAGAGCUAAGGGCAUUGCCAGUAGGGCGGGAACAUAUUGGAGAGCUUAGAUAUCUCCCUGUGGGCGUGGCACCAACUAGAGGCCCUGGUAGGGGGAGGGGGAGAGAUGUUACCGCGAGCAUCGCGAGGAUUGGUAUAAAACUCCCCCAGGUUGAACAGAUACAAGAAACAAGGGUUGUUUCUGUGCCGAAGGAAGAACUAGAAUCCCUGAAACCAAUCUUCUCUGAAAACCCCUGGGUUAAAAAUGAUUAUAAACGAAAUCAGCUGAUUGAAAAGUUGAGAAUCUUUAAAUCAGGAACAGAUGAAGAAACUGAUAGUGCACCGGAAGUAGACCCUGAUGCGCCGGAGGUUGACCGGAACUCAGUAAAGCGUACUCAGCUCCGCAGAGAGUUGGACGAGGUUCUACGUGGAAUACGAGAGAUGGGGGGUGUAGGCGCAAUCUGCCGAGAACGUGAAGGAGGGGGGGAAUCAGGAGAAGGCGAGGUGGAGAGAAGGAAGGAGUUAAGGAGACAGGAGAAAUUAUGGAUGAUACCGAAACCAAAAGUUGAGGAUCGUGGACCAGUUGAGCGUGCAUUUGAAGACCUUCUUAAAGAAAAUGAAGAUAGAGAUGAAUAUAAGAAUAAUGAAGAGGAUGAGGAUGAGAUCAUCAGACAAGUUCUUGAAACUGAAGAAGAACAAAUUAUUAGUAUAACACCCAUGUAGUCUAACCUGCAUCUAAAACAGUUAGAGAACAUCAAUUAAGUUAAUAUUUUGUAUAUUCUAUGCAAUAUUUUUUUAGGCUAAUAGGGUAAAAUUUUAUGAAAAUUUGGAGC